AGUCUUGUAUAUUGUAGCAGCUUCUCAUGCAUGAUUAUUUGUAUCUUUUUUUGUCUUCUACCAAAAGCUUGCACAAACUACCUGCCUUUGGGAACUGCUGUUACCGAUGUAGGCAACAACUUACACUUGAUACUUCCAGAAGGCACCUUCCCUUUGCCUAUGUCUUCUGCCAACAGCCCUGUUACCUCUGUGUUAACCCCAGUUGGUCAUGUGCCUCAGAGCAACUCUCUUGGUGUAAAACAGAUAUGCCUCAGAGCUGCAGUAACACCUGUGCAGAGAUACACUACUACAGCACCUGUGCUUAUUCCUGCUCAGUCACUUAGACCCUCAUCAGCUGCCGUUGCAGCACAUUUAAAUCCAACCGCCUCCAUCACUGGUCAACCUGCUGUACAAAAUGUUAAUGUUAAGCAAGUGUCUACUAAACGUAAGUUGAAGCAGUGUGAGCCUGCCAAAGAUAAAGUGCCCUACGAGGUUCGUUAGCGAUAUGUCAACAUUUUUACGGAGGAGUUCCUUAAAACCACACCCAUUGUUAAUGAUGCCUUUGAAAAAGCGAUUGCUGAAGAGAAAACUGUCUACAACCGUAGUGCAAACAAAUUGAAGUAUGUUACUGUAGCUGUGAAUUCACUGAAGAGGCUGAAAUACCAGACUGCUGCUUCAUCCAGAGGUGAAAAAGCCCCCAGUGAGAAAAGAAAAGGCAAAAUUUCCCUUAAUCUUGAAAUGUGCAGAGAAAACGAUGAUAUUACCCUCUUUCAGAGUUUAAAUGACUAUAUUUUACCUGAGGAAAUGCUGAUUGAGAACAACUAUCCCAUCCAGCACACUGAGAAACUUGGCUCUGCAGUUCUGUUUAAACACACUACUAAAGGCAACACGGACCCUUUGAAGAGAACCUGCUGUCGAUGUGGCGCUACAUACUCUGUGAGCAAAUCUGGUAAACAUGUCCGCAAGGAGGAGUGCAAUUAUCACUAUGGUAGAGGAGUUGAGCGAAAAGUGCCAGGUGGUGUGGAGACUCACUACAGUUGCUGUCAAGGAGUCAUGGGAGCCCCUGGAUGUCAGGUGUUUCAGUUGCAUGUUCAUGACUCCCUCAGCCUCGAUGGGUUUGUCUCCACCAGGCCCAGACGUCCCUCCGAACCAAUUGUCUACUCUUUGGAUUGUGUAAUGUGUUAUACUGUCAGUGGUCUGGCGCUGUCCAGAGUGAGUGUGGCCAACUCUAGUCUGCAAGUCAUCUACGACACAUUUGUCAGACCUGACAGUGAGGUGAUCACACACCAAUGAAGGUUUUCAAGCAUCGGUAAAGAAGAUGUGAAAGGUAACAACACUUCACUCAGGGAGGUGCAAGAGACCUUGAUGAGCUUCAUUAAUGCUGACACCAUUCUGAUUGGACACAGCCUGGAAACAGCCCUCUGUGCCUUGAAGCUGCUCCACGGUAGAGUAGUGGACACAUCAGUGGUGUUUCCCCACCGUUUGGGACCUCCACACAAGCGCACCCUCAACCAUCUCACCGCUGAAUACCUGUGCAGAAUCAUCCAAGAGAGCGUGUGUGGACACAACACUGCAGAAGAUGCUGCAGCAUGCAUGGAGCUAAUGUUAUGGAAGACCAAGGAAGAUGGAAAACUGAAAAAAUAAUUUAAAUAAACUGAAUAAUACACUGAUUCUUUUUUUUUUUCUACAAUGGCUGCACAAUUACAAACAUGUGACUGUGUAUUUUUUGUUUGUUUAGGAAUUAAAUUCAAAUUUUGAAUUGUAACCUAUGUGUAUGGAGUAAAGGAUAUGUAUUAGAAAACUGGAAUUAUCAAAUAAGUAAAGGCAAAGAAUAAAUUCCAUUGGUGUGUUCCUUUGUCUUUCCAAACUCACAAACCAAUGAACCACAAGCUUUGAAUGUCUAAGUGCCCCCUGGUGUUACUAAAAGUCCUUUGUACUUGUGAAAAAUUG